AAUGACAUUUCCACAUUUUUUUUUUAAAUUGUGCGUCGAUAUCACUAAAAAGUGGAGAAAUAUCGGAACAAAAUAAUAUAUUAAAAAAAUUGUGAAAAUAUUUUUAAUUUUAUAGCUGUUAGUAAACUAUUAUAUAAAUUUCGUAGAAGUGUGAAGUGAAUGCUCACAAAACUAAAAAUAGUAUGGAAGAAGAUUGGAGGCUUGUGUGCCGAACUUGUCUCGCGUCAGACGCUGAUUUUUACAAUCUGAAUGCGCCACUUUCAAUGGAUGUUGAUGAUGAUGAAAAAAUUACACAUAUGGAAUGUUUACGAUUUUGUACGCGCCUAGAUGAUCAAGCACUCUUUCCAAUUUAUAUAUGCGCUCAGUGCAGUUCUUCGUUACAAGUGUCUUAUAGGUUCAUACAAAAUGCCUUGCGUUCACAUACCAUAUUAUCUGAAAAAAUACUCCCUUUGGAAAACUCAACGAAAGAAAAACUGACUAAUGAUUUAGCAAAUGAUUCUGCAACAGAAAAUGAGAUGCGCUUUCGUUGUAAAAUAUGUUCUCUGAAGGUUUCAAACAAAAAAAGUCUAAAGGAACACGUUAAAUCGCAUCUAGAUAUCAUUUCAUUCAGCUGCCAACUGUGUGAUUUCGAAACAAAAAAACGAAGUUUGUUAUGUGAACAUUAUGAGAUAAUACAUGGCUGUAAGGCCAAAAGAGAAGAAUUAAAACCGAAAACAAACUUUGAAGCCGCAAAUUCUUCACAAACAGAUAAUCAAAUAGUCGAAGUUUAUAAAGAAGUAAGUGAUAUAGAAAAUUUAACUACAGCCACGUUACCAGAACAACAAAUAGAACUGCAAUAUUCAACAAUACCUGAAGAAUGGGAUGCGACACAAAUAGCAAACGUUUUACAGGACAAUACAACCCAAAUUCAACAAAUUUCUAAUAAUACACAAAUACAUCCAACACAGAUUAAUUUGCAUCAAAUUAGUACGGAACAACAGUUUCAGACGCAACUAUUACCGCAACAAUUUGCAACAAAUAUUGACGCAGCACAACUGUCCAAUGUUAGUGAAUACAAUAUAGGUAACGACUUGACCAUUGGAAAUGAAUUUGUUGUCAUGGCUGAUGGCACUAUGGAGGAAGUUAUGAGCAAUGGCGUAGUCAUUGAGUACAUAGAUGCAGUUGAUGGAAGUGUUACUUUGGACAAUAACUUAGUACUGAAUAAUCUUUUACAAGUGGGAACUAAUGAUGGCAUGGGCAUGGACGUUGAUGAUAUUAUUAUUGAAGAGAAUGUUGCAUCAGAAAUAGCUGAAGAAAAUACUAAUUUUAACUCAUUGUUAACACAACCAACAAUAAUUAACAUGUCGAACAUUAGCAAAUCUCAUUGUAAAAUCUGUUUGCAACCCUUUAAUACUGAAGAUGAUCUCAAAGUCCAUUUGCUUACGCAUAAUGGUGAAAAAGUUUUUCCUAUAAGAACUUGUGUUGGAACCAUAACCGUUCUGGAUGAAAUUGCACUAUUAUAA